AUGCUCUGGCUAAGCCCCUUGGCCUCAGUGCCAGGGCCGGCAACACGAAAGUUCUCCUAUCUUCCGUGCGCCUUCCAAAGCUUUCGCGGUCGAGAGGCUCAGGCUGUGCGCGAUCUACAUGGCACAUAUGGUCCAGUCGUCCGGGUCAGCCCCGAGAUGGUUUCCUUCAUAGGGCCAACGGCGUGGAAGGAGAUCUACGGGCAUAUCGGGACGAGGAAGUUCAAGAAAUCCGGGUAUCGUCGCCUGCGGCCAGGUGUGCCUGACCUUCUGACAGCUAACGGCCCCGAACACGCUCGCCAGCGCGCUGCCCUUAAUCGAGCCUUUGCGGAACGAGCAUUGCGCGAGCAAGAGCAUUACUUUCAGGACCACAUUGAUCUUUUGCUGAAGCGUCUGGAUCAACGCUGCGCCGCCGCCGAGACGGUCGAUAUGGUGCAGUGGGUCGAAUUCCUUGCUUUCGACCUCAUUGGAACGCUGGCCUUCAGCAGCUCCUUCCAAUGCUUGGAGAGCCAGCAGUAUCAUCCGUGGGUGACGCUGCUGAUGAACUUCUUCAAAUCAACACACUACUUCCUGACUGCCCGCAUGCUGGGUCUCUUCUUCCCUCUCGCGCUCGCCUUGGGCCCGAUCCGACACCUGCUAAAGGGCCAGGAACACCUUCGGCGGAGCUACGCUAAAGUGCAAGAGAGACUAGCCAUGCCACCGGAUGAAGGGCGCCAUGACCUCUGGACCUACAUCUCGCGGCAAAACACCGAGAAGGCAGGGGCAAUGUCGGUGGAGGAGAUGGAGGUCAACGCCGCUCUGGUCAUCCCCGCUGGGAGCGAUACCAUUGCGACGGCCGUCUCCGGGUGUCUGUACCUCCUGCUCCGCAAUCCGCGGCCCCUGGUCCGGCUGCAGGCCGAACUCACGACGGCCUUUGCAUCCGAGUCCGAGAUUACCAUGGCCCGCGUCGCCCGCCUCCCGUAUUUAAGCGCUGUCAUUGAAGAAGCGCUACGAAUGUAUCCCCCCUUGUCCUCCGACCUCCGCCGAGAGGUGCCCGCCGGGGGCGCCUCGGUGGCGGGUCAGUUCCUCCCCGGGGGUACCAUCAUCAGCGUCUAUGCGCUCGCGGCAUGCUAUCAUCGGGAUAACUUCACGCGUCCCGAAGACUUCACGCCGGAACGCUGGCUGCCGACGCCGGAGCGUCCGGAAUGGGCGCGGAACGAUCAUCUCGAAGCCUCGCAGCCAUUCUCGGUGGGUCCUCGGAACUGCAUCGGCAUGGGGCUGGCGUAUGCGGAGAUGAAGCUGAUUCUUGCCCGGCUCCUGAGUCGCUUCGAUUUCGACCUCUUGGACGAUGGGUUUGCCAUUGAGAAGCAGCGGGUAUACAUCAUGUGGGAAAAGCCCCCGCUGCAUGUCAAGCUACGUAGGAGAAAUGACCCGGUCACGGAGUUAUCUUAA